UUGGCGCACCGACAAAUCACCAGUCACUAAAGUGCAUUGCGGGAAAUCCGUCGAGGAAAUUGUUGCUUCUUUCGUCAUACGGGCUUCCUCGGUCGGCUAUGAAAGAUAUAUCAACCAGCGAAGACGAUUCCAAUCUGCUGGUGUUGAUUAUCGACACGAAUCCUUUGGUGUGGGCCGAGUCCAGCAAAGCUCCCGUGCCUCUUUCACUAGACGAUGCUUUACGUCAAAUCUUGAUCUUCAUCAACGCCCAUUUAGCAUUAAAGUACAAUAACAAGGUUGUAGUUAUUGCCAGUCAUGUUGGUCACAGCGAAUUUUUAUAUCCCGUCUCCCACGAUGUGCAAAGCAGAGACGUGCAAAUCAAACGCAAUGCCAAUAUCUAUCCGAAUUUCCAGUUUGUAGCCGAUCAAAUUGUCUCCAGUGUGCGAGAGUUGUUCUCGAAUGCGGAUUCCUCGUUGCUGCACAAGGAUAUGGGCGCUUCAUCCAUGAUCACUGGCGCGUUGUCCAUGGCACUCUGUUACAUUAAUCGCAUUAUCAAAUCGGACGAACUGGGCCAGAUCAAACCGCGUAUACUUGUCCUGUCGGUAUCACCCGAUUCGGCUUACCAAUAUAUUCCAUUAAUGAAUUGUAUAUUUUCCGCACAAAAAGCCGGCAUUCCAGUGGAUGUGUGUAAAAUUUAUGGUGAAGAAACCGCCUUCUUGCAGCAGGCGGCCAAUAUUUCAGGCGGAGUUUAUCUCAAGGUGGAAAAUACUCAAGCUUUGCUGCAGUAUUUGAUGUUUGCCUUCCUUCCUGAACGUUAUGCCCGCAAUUUCCUUAAUCUACCCAACGAGGAUGAGGUGGAUUUCCGUGCUGCAUGCUUUUGUCACAAAAAGGUGGUUGACAUCGGCUAUGUAUGCUCUGUAUGCUUAUCCAUCUUUUGCUCAUGGUCUCCGGUUUGCUCGACGUGCAAAACCAAAUUCGCGUUUAGGCCUCUUAUGCCUCCACAAGGCGGUCGAAGCCGUGCUGGCACACCUCGUAGUACUCCCUCUCUCUCUGUUGCCGCUUCACCUGCUCAUCCAUAAUCGUACAUAACUGUCGCAUUGUAUAUAAUCACUCGUCAUACCAUCCAAAUCUUAUAAAGUCAGGGAAUCAUAAAGGUCUUUUCUUUUUUCUUUUGAUCUCGAAAAUUGUCGGAU